AUGUUACCAGCAAGCAGCUACGCAAAGGUGUUUACUCAGAGGGCCACAUGGAACGAAGCGGAGGACAUCUGUAAAACUAAUGGCGGGCGUUUAGCUUCAAUCACGUCGGAUGAAGAAAAUGAGUUCAUAUAUAAUCUCGCCAAAGCACCACUCGAUACAAAUAAGAACAGUGAUGAUGACUAUAAUGAAAUGCUUUGGAUUGGAGGGAGGCAAGCUGGCUAUCCGUCAAACACAGCGUGGACGUGGUCUGACGAACGACCCUUCUCUUACACUAAUUGGGACGUUGGAGAGCCAAAUAAUAAAGGUGGAAAUGAGCAAUGUUUGCAGGUGCCUGCUUUGAUUUGA